GCCUGCGCCGGCCUCCAACCAGUUCUCAAUCGACCGGGCCCGCAGAGGCUCUGUCUGCCUGUCUGCAUGCGGCGCUGCGCUGCCGCCAACCUCCGCCUCCGCUCCCUGCAAUGCCGCCGCCUCAGCUCGCGCUCUUCCACGUCGCCCGCCGUCGUCUUCCUGGUCGCCGGCGAAGCGUCGGGCGACGUCAUAGGCGGUCGCCUGAUGCGGGCACUGCGCAACGAGUACGGUGGCGCCAUCCACUUUGAGGGUGUCGGAGGCGAUUCGAUGCGAGCCGAAGGGCUAGCCUCCUCCCUCUUCCCCAUGUCGGAGCUCAGCGUCGCCGGCUUUGCCGAGGUGCUCCCGUCGCUACCACGCAUCGCUGCCCGGCUCGUGCAGACACAGCGCGCAGUCCGGCGUGCGCAGCCGCACGUCGUCGUCGGGAUCGACUCAAAGGGCUUCAACCUCCGCCUGCUCCGCUCGCUCGCACAUCGCCGCGCCGCCGCCGGCCGCAACGGCAUCCCAGCGGCGCCUGUCCUCGUCCAGUACGUCGGCCCGUCGGCGUGGGCCUUCGGCGACGCAGACGCGCGGGCGGCGCGGCUGCGCGGAGGCGUGGACGAGCUCCUCGCGCUCUUUCGGCGCGCCGGAGUGCCCGCCACCUUUGUCGGACACCCGGCGCUCGACGACGUGGCGAUCGGAGGCGAGCCGCCGGGCACGGCGGCGGAGCGGGCGGCCGAGGCGGCGGCCUUCCGGCGCGAAGUCGGCCUCUCGCCGUGCGCGCAAGUCCUCUGCUUGCUGCCUGGUAGCCGUGCGCAAGAGGUGAGGGCGAUGCUGCCGCUGCUGCUGCGUGGCGCGGCGAGUCUCGCCGAGCGGCGGCGGCGCGGCGAGGCGCUCUCUAGCCGCUGGGCCGGUCCGAUCGAGCUGGUCGUGCCCGCGGCGCCGGGGAUGCGCGGCGAGGUCGAUCGCAUCGUGCUCGAGACUCUGGCAGCGAGAGGCACAGCGGGAGGCGGCGCGCGCUGCAGCGUGGUCGGGAGCGGGUCUCGCCGGGCUGCUUUCGGCGCCGCGGACGUCGCCAUCGCCGCUUGCGGCACCAUCAACCUCGAGCUCGCGGCGGCGGGGGUGCCGCAGGUGGCCGUCUACUCGACCAGCUGGCUGACGGGCUUCGUGAUCCGGCGCCUCCUCCGCCCUGUCCUCCGGCACGCCUCCCUCCCAAACAUCCUCGCCGGCCGCACCCUCCUCACCGAGCUCCUCUUCGAAGACUGCACGCCGUGCCGCAUCGCCGAAGAGGCAGACUUCCUCCUCGCCCGCCCCUCCCUCGCCCGCGCCGAGGCGGCUCAGAUUCGGCAGCUGGUGCUGCCUUCCCUCCGCGCCGUCGGUGACGGCGGCGAGCCGCAGCUUGCAAGCCGCGCAGCCGCGCGCGCUUUGCUCCGCCACCUGCCCGAGGCGCAGACUUGUACGUUGUAGAGACUCCGUAGUGCGUGAGGGUAGAGUAAAUAAACAAAUAAA